ACCCCCUGGCCAGACGCAUCUGCGCAUUUUCCAACAAAAUUUCUCUCACAGGCGAGGUUCUGCCCGUCCCGGAUCGUCGUGUUCGUUCCGACGGAGCAGGCUGCCGGAAGUCCAAACGGAGAAAACCAACCCCUUCGGUUCUUCGCAUAUCGUUUAUCAAUUAUGUACAAAACGGUACGAAAAGGCGAUGCCAGCCUGCAGUACACAAUCCUACCGCAAACGGACCAGUUUUCGUCUUCCGGGUUCCCUCAGACAUCGCACAAGUCGAGCUCGAGGAUCAUCAAGUACAGCGUAGGCAUGUUGAUGAUUCUGAUCACGCUGUCCUGCGUGACGGCGCCGUUUUUGAUGAGCCAGAGCGACCAGCAGCUGUUCACCGGCACGGUGCUGGCCAUAGGUCGAGUUGGGCACAACGCGAUAGCUAGAAACUCGUCGAGGAGUCAGGAGAAAGACAUCGCGAACAAAAGCAAAAACAGACUUCCAGUAACGACCACGGUUUCAUCCGCGGAAGCUUACAGGAAGCAGGAUAUCGAAGACGAGAUGACUACGUUGUCAGAGGCGUCGAAUGUAGAUGAACAAGAGUCACAGGAGUUCACUACCACAGAUUCCACGACGAGUAGCACGCAACGUUUACAAACAUCCACGGAAUCGACGACGAGCGUCAAACAGACGUCCACGUCCACGACAACGUGGUCGACCGGUUUAAAAACGUUAACUAGCACCCCGAGUGAAGCGACCAAGAUGACGUCGAGCGCGCCAACGAGGAAGGGAAAGAUGCCAAGGGUGACGUUGAAGCUCAGGGAGAACGAAACGAUACCACAAAUGUACAUGAAGGCGGGGAUAGCGUCAUACAAAAAAGGAAACAUCACUACGAGCGUCCUGGCACACGGCCUAAGCCUGGAAGGGUUGAUCUUCAAGACGCCGGAGGGAACGAUAAACCCCUGGCCGCAAAAGUGGUUCUUCACCAACCCCUCCUUUCAAUGGAAGCUAGAAUCGUCUCAGCAAGACUUAAACCAGAUGUCGAGAAAGAUUUACUUAACCGUGAUAGUGUUCGGAUCCGUCGCAUGCUUCGUCGUCUGUGUGAUAUUGUACAUGCGAAUUAUGAUAAGACGCCAGCGUCAAAGCGUCAAAGAACCAGAAGUGGAGGGACAGGAGGAGGACAAAUCGACUUUGUUGGGCGCCGAAAGCAAGGAAACCGAGGAAAAGGAGUAAUCGUGAUUCAACCAUGGGAGAGCCACGUAGCUCGUAAGAUUCGCAUAUUUUUACAACGUGUACGUCAGUUUAGAUUUAGGUACUUCGCGUGAAACACCGAACGAACGAUCAUCGAGAUGUUGGGAAUACCGGUUAAUAUUUUUCGGGUUCGUUUAAUCGAGCGUUGAAAGCCCCGUUUUAAGGAAUUGACUGAUCGAAUAAUUAUCGUUCUCUUCGUUGCUUCGUUGCUAUUUUGCUUACUUGGUUAUAGUGGUUCGUGGAGAAUCGAUCUCGGUGAUGUUUUAACAAACGUAAAAUUUUCUGAACGCGAGUCACGUAAUCCCUACCAAGGAUUUAUUUUUCAUAGGAAAUAAUUCGAGCUAAAAAUCGUUAAUAUCGUCGAACAUUUUAAAAUUCGCGAUAUUUCCUGAAAUACCCUAGCGAAGUUUUUGUCUCGUAAUUUGUAUAUACCUAGACGUGAAAAGUGAAUUUUCAUUGAUUCCGAUAUGCUCGAUCUAUGCGGGAGAAGAUGGUUCGAAAGAUAACCAGCUUUCGAAGGUUGGCCAGAUGGACAUUUUUCGUUCGGUAUAGCUUCUUCUUCCUGCAAAUACAAUCGAGACAUAACUUGUAAAAACGACUGAACAGAACGGCGCGGCUUUCGCCUGUUCACCGUUCACGGUCUUAUCCUAUUGCUAGGUUGCGCUAGCGUGUUGUGGUCCGAUUAAUUUUCGCCGAAUUUUGUCUGACACUGCACACUACUUACAAUCAUUGACUCGCGAUCAUAGUCUUCGAAAUGUUUCUAUUAUAUAAUUUAUAAAGACGUAGAAUACUAUUUCGAAAGUUAUUUUCAUUCCUACUGAUUCUACUUGAUAUUUUUUUCUAUCUCAUAUGUAUGUAUAUCGAUACAUAUACGAUAUUAAUAUUAAUAUGCUUGUGUCUAUACUAUAUUUUAUUCGUGCCGUGAUAUCCUGCUGGAUAUAAAACAAUUCCUCGAAAAGAAUUUGGAAAAUUGGAGAUUGGAUGUUUCAUGAAAAUUCUAAACGAAAAGACGGCGAAUAUUCCUUAUAAAUUUAAUAUCGAGGUAUGCGUUUGUUUGUUCAUUUAUGAAUAUGAAAUCGAAAGAAACAGGUGAAUUUUGUACGAGACAAGUAGUUACGUUCAAUAGUUUAUAGCGUCUUUGUGCGCUUAGUGAUGAUUUUUUUACUUCUGACGAUUGUGACCUUAUUUUCUACCAUCUUUUCAACGUGAGUAGGUAAGUAACGAUUCUCAACCAUAUUAUGUCUUUAAUACUAUAAGUUAGGCAAUUUUUUCAAGUACUUAUUUAUGUGUUUAUGAAUGUUAUUCGUAAGCGAAUAAAAACAUUGUCAUUCGAUUAGUCUGGAUGUAACAUUUGGGGCAAGAUGGGGACAUUUCCAUGAACGAUAAUUUUUAGACGUACAAUAUGAACGUACAGGAGAAAAACAGAAUGACAAAGUUGGACCGAAGAAUCUAUGCGGAGAGCCGUUGUAUCAAUGUUCCUAAAACUACAUUGGAGAAGUUGGCUCUCUAAACAGAAAAAAUUCUCAACAGAUGUUGAAGACAAUUUUCGACCUUUCACGAUUGUGUUUUCGGUCGAACGAGAGCAACAGUUAGUAAUUCUUUCUGCCUAAAUCUUCGUUGAUUUCCCUACGGGAUUACAAUGUCCUGUUUCCACGCAAAUACCAUACACUACCAUUAUACAUAUAGUACAUAUGUAUAAUACAUAUAAUACCACCAUACAGUAUUACAAAAUCCAUAUAUAUAUAUAUAUAUAUAUAUACAUAUAUACACAUAUAAAAUCAUAACUGGAACAUACAUAUACGAUCAUAACCCAUACACACAUUACACAUAUAACAAAGAAAUAUUAGUAUUUUAUUUAAAUGAAACGGGCCUACCAUUCGGUCUAACAACAAUGGAUAUGUACAAAUAGAUGCGUACUAUCUUUCCCCGUCGCUAGGGAAUUUUCGCUACUUUUAAAAUUAUAUUUUUCUAUCUUUUUUGUUAAGUUUUGGAAGUUUAUUUUAACAUGUUUCGAUAAACAGGUAUCGAUAUUAUAUAUGAUAUUUUUUGUAGAUACAACAUCAAUAAAUAUAGUAUCCUAGAGCAAUUUUGUUUUAGCAUUUCCAUCUUGCCUCAACUUCCCAUGCAUGAAGUAAAAACGAAAUUCAAACUACUCGUCUUUUCUCUUAAAUCGAGACGUUAUCUUUCAUUGGAUAAUUCUUCGAUAUUUGAAUAUAUUAUAAUAUCUGGUACGACGAGUCGAUUAAUUUAAAAUGUGACAACUUUAUAAUUACCAAACAUAAUACAUAAUUAAUAUGUACUUGGUCGGACCAUGACGUGUUAGAUGCAUCUUUUUUGGAAUGAUACGAUCGAAUUACUAUCGACGGAAUUUCAAAAUCGUGGAAACGUCUGAGAAACGUCGUUCAAACGAGAAUUUUUCUUCGACGACAGAAGGACUCCAUUUGAUUACCGGUAUGUAGAUACUUCCUGGCUAUUCUAUUACAUUAGUGGAUCGCACGGAAGCUAAUCUCACAAUAUCAGGAAGUUCUAAUGAUUUUUUACAAAGCAUCUUGCAUAUCCCCUGUACGUGUUGAGAGUCGUAAAUUUAUCAGAGAAUUUUCGAGCUCUUUCCUACAAAAGAGCUACUAAAGAAACAAAUCUAUCUAUCUAUAUAUAUAUAUAUAAGUGAAAAACAAAGUUACGUACCUCGAUGACCGAUUAAGGAGACAGUUUCUAAAAAAGCAGAUGAGUGACAGAGUCGUUAGAGAAACGAGCAAUCUUUCUAUACUAUUUGUUUCGCUUUAUCGAUCACGAUCGACCGAACGCGUAUAUUUUAUUAGAGAAAGUGAAAUUAAACGUUUGGUCAUCUCCGUAGCGGAUUUUAAAUGAAAUUAACCCGAGAAUAUAUAAAUAUGUCAUCUCGAAAGUAAGAACUUGUUUAAGGGUUUUAUAAAAGCGAAGUAGAAAAUGUAGUAGAAAGAUCGUAGGGUCUUGCGAUUAUCGGAAAUUCCGACUGAGACAGUCAGAUAAUUUGCAAGUGAGUUUCCAGUUGACAUUUCCGACAUAUACUUCGACAUGUUACGGCUUUAAAAAGCAAUCGAUAUUAACGACAGACGCGUCGAAACGAAUGUCAGACGUUAAUGUCGGCGGUCUCCUUAAUUCGGUCACACUAUGUAUUUGCUAAACUUUCUACACUGUGCAUACAGUACACAAUACGCUCCUGUAUAUGGCCAGAAAAUAUUACAAAUAUCUGACCGAUUUUCUUGAAAUGUCAUUAAGAAUCGCACCUUGAAAUUUUCUAGCACCGAUGUGCUUCGAAAAUUUGUUGCUUCAUUUACGAUCGCUAUAAACUUACUGUUACGGGAGAUUGAAAAUUAAGUUUCUCAAAUUAACGUACUCGUUGUUCCUCGAUUCGCUUCAAUUUGCGUUCCAACAAAACAUCUUGCGUUCCAAGAGGAUCAUAGCUUCGAAACGUACAGUAGCAAUCUUGUGCGCGACUAUUUUCAAAAAAAUUUAGAAAAUCAUUUACGUUCGAUAUUUUAUUUCUUUAUUUCAUCGUACGAUUCAAUGAGUAACAUUCUCGAUUUACUUCUCUUCGUCCCAGUUCACAAUGCAAGUUGCAUGUUCCGUUAAAGACAGCCUGUAAUAUUACCUGAGGAUUUCUCUUCACCCACAUAUAAUAUAAAUUAUAGCGAUCAACUCGUUUAAUGAUUUGCUUCCAAUUUUUAUUUGAUAUUUAUUUAAUUACUAACAUGUUCAGAUAUUUUCUAUGUAUUACGGAAGACAGCUUCGUAACGAGAAAAAAUGUUGUAUUAAUUUAAAACGAAAAACACGUGUGCUAGGUGCAUAAAAAUUGCGUAAGAAGACUGUACGUAGUUUCAAGCGCAUAUUUUCUAGAUAUAUUCAUAUUUUAAUGAAUAUAUUAGGCAAUAUUGGAAGUUGCGAGUUAAAAUCACCAGCUACUAAUUACUCUUUGUCAUCGUGGAUGAUUAACGAUUGAUCGAAUUGUCUCGCAAAUUGCGUUAUUUGAUAUUAAUAUUAACGGAGAAACUGCGUUUUUAGCGUUAUACAUUUUCCCUAAGGGUGUAAAGACUUUCAUUAGUGAAAUGUAUUUCCAUGUGUAAUUAAAUAGCGAUGGCCGCGAAGCGACAUCUUUAACAAAAUUUAAGAGACAAUCGAACGCAAUGUUUUUCACGCCAAUUUUUCUGCGAUCUUUACAAGCAACGUCGUUCAGUAUUUUUAGAGCAAUACACAGAGCGUAAAAAGUUAGUUAUUAUUUAAGAAAUUAAUUUGUACAUUUAAACGAGUUUCGAUUAAAUGAUACUAGCUAUUAAUGUUUCAACGAUACAAGCUCAAAUAAUUAUAAAUGUUAAGCGACUAAUCAACAGAAAUUAUUCAAAUUUCGUUCAAAUUUUAUUCUACAGAUACAUAUUGUCUACAUUUCUUUUUUAAAUACGUAACGUAUAUAUAUAUAUAUAUAUAUAUAUAUAUAUAUAUAUAUAUAUAUAUAUACCGUACUGUUAUAUCUACGAAAUCGCUACAUUCUUUCAGAUAUCGUUAAGUUUUGCAAUUCUUCCGAGUGCUUGUGAAUAACGUAAACUGUUGAAUGAUUUUCCUCGACUAGAAUUCAUCCGAAAAGAAGCUCACGAUUGUUGCUAACGAAGAAAUAAAGUUUUUGAAAUCUGCGAAGAGAUUAUUAAAUUCUGGAGGACUUUAUAAAACCUGUUGCUCAGUUACCAUUAUUUUAUCGCGAGGAACAACAUCAAGAUUUAUGAAGAAACGAGUGCAGUUGCCUUUAACAGGUGCAGGAAAGGCCAGUAACAGUAGUUACCAAUUACCUAACAAGGAAAACAUUUUGUUCGUUGAAAUGAAUGUAUAGAAUGACGUGUUAUGUGUUGUAUAAACCUGUGUUAUGUGUAAUUAAACAUAAUCAUGCGAUAUGAUCGAUUAUUUGAUACUAGUACACUAGUAUACUAGAAAACGAUCUUGUAAGAUUUUACCAAUAGAAAAUGAUGACAUGCGAACGGUGAACGUUCGCCAUUUUCUCUGUGUCGCUUUUAUUGUAUUUUUUCGAAUGCAAUUGACUGAUUUGUUAAAAAUUUUGUGAAAAAGCAAACUCGAACUCGCUCGAUCACGGCGAAUCGGUUGUCGACGUUCCUUCGUUCUCGAACCAAUAAACACGCAAAUAGUAAGUACACGUGCAAUUCCGUACAAAGAAAAUGAGAAAAUAGAGAGCGAGAGAGAGAGAGAGAAAGAGAGAGAGAGAACGAGAGAGAGAGAGAGAGAGAGAGAGACAGAGAAAUGUUUGAUGCGUUUUCAAAGAAAUAACAAAGAAGAAAGAACAAAGAAAUAUGAGAAUAAGGGACUUAUAAGUGACACAAUAGUGCUGUAGCUGAGAACAAAGAGACGGUUAUAGUUUCUAUUUUGAAGAUUAUAUUUUUUUAACUUUAUUAAUUUUUGACUUCCACAUACAUGUAUUUAUAUAUAUACAUAUAAUUGUAUAUACAUAUUCGCAUACCUAUUAUAUACACGUAUAAGUAUAAAUAAAUAAAUAUAUAUACAGUAAAUGAUAAAAGUGUUAAGUGGAUAAUGAGAUAUUGUAUAUAUAUAUACAGGAAACACACGUUUGUGUCUGAAAAGGAGGUCGUGUAACGCAUGAAAUCGUGAACAUCCUUUCCGUAAUAAUAUGUAUAUAUGUGGAGUCGUAAAAUUAAGCGUAUCGCGAAUAUCAUUCGUAUGAAUAUAUUAUAUUCUGAUAUAGCAAUCGGAAAGAAGAUCGGAAAUACGCUUUCCAAAAGGAAUUUCUUACACGAGAUGAACAAUUAUGAAGCUUUCUAGAAGAAAAUGUCUUUGGACCGUUUUUUACGGUAUCUUGUUCUAUUUUCAAAACGGUAUUCUUAUAAGCAGCAUAUAAAAUACUGUAUAUUUUAUCGAAACAACAAUUUUUGUUAAAAGCUGUAAUAUUUAAUUUAUUCAUAAAUGGAGAUUUCUAGUCGGCCCAAUUCCACGAACUUCGCGGGCCAGCUUUGAUUUCUAUUACUGUUUGAUUUCAAAUUUUACAGAAUUUAGUUCGUUUUGAGAAACGUAAUUUUUAUCAAUUCCACGUCGUCAUUUCUUGGUUCGAAGCGGAAUUUUUGUGCCAACAGGUCGUCGCAGCGUGAUGCUUAACCAUUCGGAAGAUAUCGAUCGCGUUACUUUACAAACUCAAAGCGAUCUACCCUUUGAUCUUUCGACGUUCAAGUAGGAAGUCAACUUAUCGACUUAAUUAAUACCACAAACGUUAAAAGUGUAUCGACUUCUCACGGUAAAAGGGUGUUGCGUUCAUUCGUCGAUACCGAUAUUAAAUAUCGAAAACUGAACGGUGAAAAGAUGUGACGGAACGGUUAAACGAUUUAAUAGGCGAAACAAUUCUGCGUAUGUACACGUGCUAUUAACACUGUAACGUACGUCUCGGGAAUUACGACAUAGAUCAUCAUUGAUCGUGGCACGUUUACUAUUGGAGAAUUGACUUGUUAAUUCGAUUUAAAAGUGAAAUAGCUCACGCCGAAUUAGGGUCUAUAAAUGUAUACAACCAAAUAAAUGAAUAUGAAUAUAUGAAUGAUGCGGAAUAA